CAACCUAAUAAGUAAAAGUUGUAGCCCAUCAUGACAACUGUUCUUCGCUUUUUCAAUUUUUGGGGUUUAUGGGGAAAUGUCGUGUGAUAUAAUUUAAAAAGCGGGUCAAUAAUGUCGUCCGAUUUUCUCCUAUUCCAACACGACAUUUUCUAGCAAUUGGUUUUCACACGUACACGAAAUUUAACAAACAGAAAAAUUUGGUCAUAAUGAGGAGAGAGAUAACAGUUACGAAGGUAGUACAAGAACAACCACAAGAACAAGACAACAUCCAACGGGAUACCAUCAGAAGGCCAUCAUGUCGAUGAAAAGAUUCUUGAAUAGAUCUCGUAAGUCGGAUGCCGACAAGGAAACCGCUCCUCCUCCUCCAUCAUCCUCGUUAAGCUUGGCUCCUAGCAAGAGUAAUAGUACCAGUGAAUCCCAUGAUUCAGUAAAAGAUCUUCAACCAAUGUUUGAUAGUAAUAAGUCAAAGAUGGAUAGUCAAAAUAAGCAGGAUAAGAAAGAAAUAUCAUUCAACUUCAACAACGAUCUCAGUUUGAACUUGAAUCCUUCCAUUCUGAACACUAAAUCUGCAUCUGUAUUCACUAAGGAUUCGGAAUAUGUUGACAAAUCAAUCUUUUCUCAAAGUAGAAAGUCAUUUUCAACUAAACAAUCAUCAUAUAAGAGUACAGGUAGUGGCUUCACUAGCAAUAAGAAGGACUCAUUCACAGUUGGUCAACCAUUACAGAUUUUAGAUAUCCUCGAAGAAAAUAAUGAAAGUUCAAAAACUCCGUAUGAAAUUAUUUCAGAAAAGCUUCGACAAUUAUCUGAUGAUUUGGGGUUUAUUUUGAAUCAGUUUAAUAACUCAAUGAUUAAUUUAACCACUGCUGUUAUAAAUUCCAUCGAUUGUUUUAAGAAAUUCAUAGUUUUUGUUGAUCAAAAUUUACAUAAUCCAAAAUCAUUAGGAUGGAAUUUCACUACGUAUAAUAACUCUUCAUUAAGAAAAAUUUUAAAGAUAUAUCUUAACUUUUACGAUAACUUAUUAGUGGAAGAUGUUUAUAUCAAGUUGAAAUUAUUAUUAGUAAAAAACUUCAAUGACUUUUCCCAAACUUUGAAUUCAAAUAAUUCAAAUCAAAUACCACAAACUAUGAUAAAACCUCAAAACUUUUCUAUUGGGAAUAAUAACGGUACAUCAUUACCAAAUGAGGACAUAUUAGUAAGAAUCAUUGAUAAAAUAGCUAAAACAUCUAUCUCAGUAAAAGAACAGAAUGGUUCAUUUAUAGCCCCUAUAACUCGUGGUAUAAGUAAAGAUUUAAAAAUCUUAUGUUUAUAUUUCGGUUAUCCUGAACCAUCAGAUUAUCAUCAUAAGUUAACCAGAAGUCUUCAUGAUUUAUAUGAUGAUAUUCACAUUCUUGUUAUGAAAAAUAAAAUAGAAUUAGCCAGUGGUCAAGUUGAAUCUCAAAAGGUUAGUGAAAUGAGUGCUUAUCAGCAAAGUUUACAUGAUCAACCUUUAAUUCAUCAUCCAUUAGUUCAAAAGUUUAAAUUACCAUUCAGAAUCCCAACUGAUGUUAAUAAACCUCCUAUAUCACUUUCUUUAUCAAUAGAAAACUCUUCUCGUACUUCAGGUACUGUUGGUGGUUAUAUAUAUCCAAUCAUUGACGUCAAAAAGCAAAAACAUUUACAAUCAUACGCCAAUUCAAAAUUCGCCAUUUCAUGUGGUCAUGUUUGUCUUGACAAUACUAAUUCAACUGCUACUGAAUAUCCUCAUGUUUCAGCACCAUCAUCAGUGUUAAUUUCAUUAUAUAAACAAGCAUUAUUGGCUCAAUAUCAUAAGAUUGAUAAUACAGAUGAUUUCAUUGCUGAAUCUAAAGUAGCUUAUGGUGCAGUCUUGAAUCAAUUAGAAGAAAUGUUCCCCUUGAAACGAGUUAAAAUUGUCGAUGCAAAGACUAAACAAGAAAGAUAUGAAACUAGAAAUUUACCUAGAAAUAGAUUUGGUCAAAUUAUUUGGGGUGAAAGAACUUUAAUCAGUGUCAAUAAUAAAGAAGAUAAAGAAAAGGAUCCCAAAGAUUCUAAGAUUGAAAAACGUCUUUCUGAUCUUGCUAUUAUUAAAGUGAAUAAGAAUUUAAUUUGUGAUCAAAAUUACUUGGGUGAUGAUAUAUCAUUUAAUGAAUUUGAUCCUGCUUUAAUGUUUGAUAAUCUUUAUGUGAGAGAAGUUAUUGAUUUAAGAAGAUACUCUCCCCGUACUAUUGAUUUAAAUAUUGAUGAAGUAGAUUCUGAUAUUUCAUCUAAUUCAACUGGAUCAUCUAAUUAUAGUGGUUUACCAGUAUUUAAAUAUGGUUCAACUACCAAAUUCACCAAGGGUAAUUUAAAUGGUGUAAAAUUAGUUUAUUGGUUAGAUGGUGCUAUUCAUUCUUCGGAAUUCAUCGUUAAUGCAAUUGAAACCAAUAGCGCUUUUGCCUCUGGAGGUGAUAGUGGAUCAUGGAUUUUAACUAAAUUAGAAGAUGUUGAAAAUAGUAAGUAUUCUAAAGGUUUAGGUGUAGUUGGUAUGUUACAUUCUUAUGAUGGUGAAUUCAAACAAUUUGGAUUAUUCACUCCAAUGUGUGAAAUCUUAGAACGUCUUGAAGUUGUCACUAGUAUUAAAUGGGGUGUAGUUGGUUGUAACCCUGAUGAAAAGAGGACCAGUGAUGAUGCUGUUGACGAUGAAGCCAGUAGUGAAGAAGAAGACGAGGAAGAAGACGAUGAUGAUGAUGAAGAUGACAAUGAAGACAGUGAAUACGAAAGUGAUCUUGACAAUUUGGAUGGAGCUUUACCUCCUGAAAUUGAUUGAUUGAUUGAUUUGGUUAAAAAUUGAGUGAGUUUUUUUAUUAUUUUUGGUUAUUUGUUACGGAUUUUAUUUUUUAUUUUUAUUUCAGUUAUAUUAUUUGUUAUUAUUUUUUAAGUUCUAAAAUGUUUCAGUUCUCUAGUUAUAUUAAAUUCAUAUAUCCUUUGUGUUUAUAUCAUUUUGAUAAUUGUAGAAUUAAUUGCACCCAAAUUUUAAAAUUCGCAUUGAAAUUGAACUCAAAAAAAACUGAUACUGUUCAGACCACACUGUUGAAGUCAACAGUUCAACUUAAAUCCACCACAUAUAUAUAUAUAAUGCUGAGUAGAGCUGUUCUGGCACUUACUAUAGUAGGUGUAUCUGUUGCCAGUUGGUAUUGUGGUCUUAAAUUCUGGAAACCAAUCAUUGUGGCCAAGUUAAAGGAAGAAGGUAAU